UAUUGAUAUUUCCUACACAUGCGUACUGGCCAUCACGGGGAAUGUACACCUCUACCGGCGCAUUAUUCACGAAACGACCAGUAUCGCUCUUGUCUAGGAAUAUUUUCUGAAGGAUUUUUACCAACUAGCUUUCUUUAGAUUGGUAGACAAUGUCCGACAUUUUCUUGGCUCUGCCUGGUGCAACAGUUGACGGCAGUGUUCUAUUCGGGAAGAACUCGGACCGACCGCAGUCAGAAGUUCAAGAAGUCAUAUAUGUCCCCCCAUCUGACCACGACGCUGGUGGGAAGCUUCAUUGUACAUUUAUCGAGGUGGACCAGGUCUCCCACACGUAUGGAGCAGUGCUCAGCAAACCCGCGUGGGCGUGGGGAGCCGAGAUGGGGGCCAAUGAGAACGGCGUCUGUAUCGGCAACACGGCGGUGUGGACCAAACUGUGCCACCCAGGGGACCACGCAGAAAAGCUUAUUGGUGUAGAUUUUGUAAGGCUGGGCCUGGAGAGAAGCAAGUCGGCCAAGGACGCACUGGAUGUGAUCAGCGGACUCCUUGAGCGGUAUGGACAGGGUGGGCCAUGUGCAGAAGACCACAGCUUCAGUCAGUGGACAUACCACAGUAGUUUCCUCAUCGCUGACCGCUCAGAGGCAUGGGUUCUGGACACAGCUGGGCAGUUCUGGGCAGCUCACAAGCUGACAAGAGGUACCUACAACAUCUCCAGCACCCUCACUAUCGGCUCUGCCUUCGACGUGAGCUCCAGUGGUCUCCGGGAGAAGGCGAAGGCAGAGGGAUAUUGGAAACCGGAGGACGGGGACUUUAACUUCACUAAAGUGUUCGGGGCUUCAUUCACUGGGAUGUCGCUGUCCGAGGCUCAAGUUGCCAGCAACAGACUGCAAAAGGGGAAGGAACUCUUGGAGGCAGCUUCGAAUGAAGGUAAGCUGAAUCAGACCAACAUUUUCAACAUACUGCGUGAUGAAAAAAGCAGCAUCAACUUCAGUGGCGAGCUGCAGACAGUGUCAAGUCAAGUCAGUCUCCUCCGUCCGGAGGGAUCCAAGUCCAUGGAUAUUCACUGGUUUACAGCCACGCCUAACCCAAGUCUUUCAGUUUUCAAGCCUUUCAUGUUCUCUCCUGAACCUUCGAUCGGAUAUUUUACCGUUUCUCCAAACUUUGGAGACAAGGCCCGGUCAAGUUUUCAAACAGCCGUGGAUCGGCGCCACCCGUUAUUCAAAGCUCAUGAGAAAGGUAGAGCACUGAUGGAGGGCGACACACCAGCCGGUAAGAAAUUGCUCCAUACCAUGCAGAGAUUAGAAACAGAUUGCCUCCAGGAUACCCGAGAGUUUGUUCAGGAUAUCGACGACAACAAGCUGCAGGAACUCAAUGAUCUUUUUAAUGAUUUCUGUGAAACCGAAGUGAAAUUCUACAAAUAAAGGACUAUUUGGCGACCUUCUACCACAGCUUUCUAGAGCUCCGCAUCCCGUGCAUAAACGCGUGUGCGUUUGUUAUUGUCUCAGCCAGACCAACGUACUGUCCCAGUCUGUCGACACGCGCUAGUGGACCACUACUAACAUAAUGCAUAAUACUCCCGUGCAAAUACUGUCCUUAUGUAUAUUUAAAGUGAACCAACGCAGCUUUUUGCAUAUGCCCCAAAACAAACCAGACAGACUGACUUUCCAAAACAAACCAGUGGUCUUCAAACAUUGCACCUUGACGUGUCAUAUAUGUGCGUGUGGUUGCACAGUGUUACUGUGCAUUGUCAAUAUUAAGGUUUAAUGCAUUCCAUUUUUGUUUUAUAUAUUUUCUUGAGAAUUAUUGUCCCAAAUGGUCAGGAUACACAGGAGUACAUGAGCAAAAGGUAUAUGUAUUUUUAUCAUCACAAAAAACCUUACAAACAGUCCCAAGUGAACUAGACCUUACACGACAUUGAAUGUUAAAUCAGGGCUGUAGUAAGGCACUGCCAACAUACCACACACAAGGACCACUUGUCUUCUAUGUGCUGUUUGUAUCUACACAUCGUCUCUCCAGUAAAUUACAACUCGAUCAAAGUAGCGUUUAACAUCACUUCAUUUAUAGGCUGCAAAUGCAUUUCAGUGUACUUAAUGUUUGGAAUAUAUUCCUUUAAGGUGGUCAGGACAAGAGAUGUAUCUUACUGACAGAACACUCGCAUAUAACAUGGAAUAAUUUAUAAGCAGGCUUCGUAGAAUAAGUCUAGGACGUGUAGAAUGUCUGAUAUAACUAGGAUGCAAGGAUCUGCGCCAAAGUCUGUCUUGCAAUACUCUCUUUGUGGAGGGACACCACUGACGGUGUUUGGGGCUUGUGCAGCCGCCUCCAGCCACCGCCGCUGUAUCUCUGUCAAAUCAUUUGUAAGUGGGUGAAGGUAGUGUAUCUACAGUUUCUAGGUUGUAAGCACUUUGAACACUGCGAUAUAAGCUUGAUAAGUUUUCCUUUCCAAUAGAGCUGGUACUCUAUGGCAUCCAGGCACACGUAUAUAUUUCUAAACUUCCGAAACCCGUGUUAUUGUCUGACUUGGUCAUUUUUAAAUGAAGAUAAACACAAUUACGCUUUAAGAGAAGAAGCAAAACUGUCCAUGUGUGCUUUAUGUAUGUAUUCCCUGUACCGGAGGGUCGUGAACUUGGCCAAUGACUAUACCACGUGUUGCCUAACAUUGUAAACACUGCACCUGGGAACCAUCUUCGUGGUGGACGUCUGUAGUGUGGUCACAUGUAGCCUUGCACCUUGCUGCACACGACCUGUAUGUGUUGUCUUCACUGAAUGUUGGCUGUGUCGGGGCUAUCGCAGAUCGAUUGACUCACUUGAAAAUAACCACAAGUGGCUUCGUGUGUUCUUCUGGUUUCGUCCAUAAUUCCCUAAAACAAGCUUUUAUGCUGUAUAUCUAUGAAGUAUUUAUUAUGUAGCUAUUAAAGUUGUAUAUAUUGGAUAAUUUUGUUGAUUUGGUUAUAGCGGCAAAUGUGAACUGACUGCAAUUUCUAGGUUGCCUUUUUACGCUGUUUGCAGGACUGCUGUAAGCUUCCGUGGAAAUAAAUGCUUUUCAGAUGUC